AUGUUCUUAGAUAUUGUGUUUAUGGUCAGCAUUGUAUUAGUAGCCGACGCCCGUUCACCUCAUGCUGACUUCGUUGACGAACUUGCCAAGAGUCAUGUCUUUGGGAAUCGUAUAUCGGACAAUGUCAUGGAAGAUGCUUUGCUUGACCUGCCGGAUCUGGUAAGGAAAUAUAACUACCCUUUUGAGGAACACUUUGUGGCGACCGAGGAUGGAUAUAUCUUGGGAGUACAUCGUAUUCCACAUGGACGAGAUUCAAAAAACUUACCGGAGAAUAAACCUGUAGCUUUUUUAAUGCACGGUUUGUUGUGCUCUUCCGCGGAAUAUAUUACUAUGGGUCCUGGAACGGCUCUAGCAUAUAUAUUGGCCGAGGAAGGUUUCGAUGUUUGGCUGGGAAAUGCUCGUGGAACCUACUACUCACGCAGACAUACAAACUUAAACCCUGAUGCCCGUUUUAACAGCACUUACUGGAAAUUCUCCUGGGAUGAAAUCGGAAAUAAAGACUUGCCUUCAAUGAUUGACUAUGUGCUCGAUUACACUGGAAAAUCUGCAUUGCACUACAUCGGGAUGUCUCAGGGUACUACGACGUUCUUUGCAAUGGCUUCACUUCGACCGGAGUAUAAUAAGAAAAUAAUCUCAAUGCAAGCUAUGGCACCUGUAGCAUAUUUGGCUUACAACAGUAACCCUUUAUUCUUAGUGCUAUCACCCUAUGGUAGAGAGUUGGAGAAAUUAGCUUCAUUGCUAGGAAUUGGAGAGCUUUUUCCCAGAAGAGAAAUAUAUACAUUGUUGGGAAAAAGUUUUUGCGCAGACGGAGCGAUUACCCAGCCAAUCUGCAGUAACUUAUUAUUUUAUAUCGCUGGAAGAAAUGAUGAUCAACAUAAUGCGACUAUGUGGCCGGUAAAGCUCGGCCAUGCACCAGCAGGGAUAUCAGUGAGACAAUUGAUACAUUACAGCCAAAGCAUAAUAAACAAGGAGUUUAGACGCUACGAUCAUGGAUUCUUGAAUAACAUUCAAAUUUACGGCAGAGCUACCCCGCCUAGUUAUGAUCUGUCCAAAAUAUCGGCCCCAGUUUUCUUACACUAUGCAGCAAAUGACCCGCUAGCUCAUUUGAACGAUGUGGACAGGCUAUAUAGAGAAUUAGGAAAUCCUAUGGGAAAAUUCCUAGUGCCGCAUCCGGAGUUCAGUCACGCAGACUUCUUGUUUGGUAUUGACGCGAAUACUUUGGUAUACAACACAGUAAUACGCAUUAUGAAACAACAUGACAUCUGA